CUGGGGUUGUUGGAAGGCGACAGUAGUGCCUGAAUAGUGCGACGUCUCGGAUAAAGGCGCCAAAUUCUCGGUUACAAUCUCCGGCGAGUCUGCGUCACAGCGCCCGACGGCUUCGGGACGCCUAGCUCGCCCGUUCAAGUCGACCUCCGAACCCAUCCCUCUCUGCCACGGUCCCCGACGCGCUGCCAUAGCGUCCUGCUGGUCAUGCGACGCUGGUUGGCACCAAAAGUACGCGUGUCUAGCACGAUCCCUAGACGAACAUACGCGGUCACGCGGGCUUGCCGAAAAUACAGCGCACAGGCUCAGCAGCCAAGGUCGCUUCCAACUCAACAUGGCGAGCCUACGAGUCCCAUACCGCCACCCUCUAAUGUACAGCCCGGCUCUGGUCGCCCAGACCCCUAUAAACUACUAGCACCCCAACUGGAACAUCUCCGCCAAACAUUGCUCAACCUCUUGGGUUCCGCACAUCCCGGGCUCUCCGAAAUAGCGAAGUACUACUUCCUGCAUCCCUCAAAACAACUCAGGCCUCUGCUUGUGCUAUUGUUCUCGCAGGCUACAAUGGAAUGGUGGGCGGCGGAAUGCGAGGGUGCGGGCGGGCGGACAGAAGAGCUGGACAGACCACUCACGCGAGCGGACGUGUUGAACGACUUCAAUCCCAACAUGCCGGACUACACUGCGCCACCACGGCCACCGCGCCAGCCACCCCUUCCGCCGCCCGAGGCGUUGAGCAACGGCGCACCGGCACUCUCGUCCCCCUCUGCCUGCUCCCCACCAAAUCCGCCUCGCACAGAUUGUGGAGAUGAUCCAUGUCGCUCGCCCCUGCGCCGCGGUGUAGCUUCUGCUCCGGUCGCAUUUGGGAACAAGCUCUCCGUCCUUGCAGGCGACUUCCUCCUGGGUCGUACCAGUGCGGCGCUGUCGCGUCUCGGUGACAGCGAGGUCGUCGAGCUCAUUGCCAGCGUCAUUGCGAACCUUGUGGAGGGCGAGAUCUUGCAGCUGAAGUCUGUACACGGCGAGGAGCUGGGCCUUAAGGGUGCACCGAGCGCGACCGGGGACUACUUCAACAUUUAUCUCCAGAAGACGUACAUGAAGACGGCUAGCUUGAUGGCGAAGGGUGUGCGAGCAGCGACGGUGCUUGGCGGAUGCAGAGAGGGCGAGGUUUGGAAGGAGGUCGCGUAUGCGUAUGGUCGCAACCUCGGCAUUGCAUUCCAGCUCGUGGACGACAUCCUUGACUAUGAGUCUGGCGAAGCAGCCUUGGGUAAACCAGGGGGGGCCGAUUUGAAGCUAGGUCUCGCGACAGGGCCUGCGCUCUUCGCUUGGGAGGAGCACCCAGAGAUGGGACCCUUGAUAAAGCGAAAGUUCUCCCAAGAAGGCGAUGUCGAACUUGCCCGAGACCUCGUACGUCGAUCUUCAGGCGUCGAGCGCACCCGCGACCUCGCUCUGCGACACGCAGACAAGGCGCGCGGGUGUUAGCGAUGCUCCCGGACAGCGAUGCGAAGGGUGCGCUGGAGGUCUUGACGGAGCGGGUGGUGAAACGGACGUGGUAAUGAGAGACAAUCCACGGAGCGCCAGCGAAGAAUACUGUACACGGACGCUAUUCUACACCGCCCGGUAACCUACUCCCACCUCCAAGUUCUUGUUUUGUCUUUUCAGACAAGAAUGGUCAGCUCGGGUGACCUGCCGUUUGGUAGAUAAUUAAUCUCUGCUACCGCCA